AUGUCUGACCCAGGUAUUCAGGAGAUUGAUUAUGAGGCUUUGCCAGAUACUGCACCACUAUCAUAUCAAUUGAUUGCAGGAGCGUUUGCAGGUAUCAUGGAACAUUCGAUCAUGUUUCCUAUCGAUGCUUUGAAGACUAGAAUGCAAGCAGUAUCGGAAAUUAAGGCUGCGGCGUCGGCGUCGGCAUCUGGUGGUGCCGGUGCUGCCAGUGGUGGUGCCGGUGCGGGUACCCUUUUACAACAGAUAUCGAGAAUCUCUUCUACAGAGGGGUCCCUUGCGUUGUGGAGAGGUGUGCAGUCUAUGGUGAUGGGUGCAGGCCCUGCUCAUGCAGUAUAUUUUGCAACUUAUGAAUUUUGUAAAGAACAGUUGAUCGACGCUAAGGAUUUCAAUACCCAUCAGCCGUUGAAAACUGCCGUCAGUGGUGUUGCUGCCACUGUGGCCGCAGAUGCAUUAAUGAACCCCUUCGAUACAAUCAAACAGAGGUUGCAAUUGCAAUCCAAGAGUAGUGACUCUUCCAUGUGGAGAAUGGCUUUCAACAUUUAUAAGAACGAAGGUCCAAUGGCUUUCUUUUACAGUUAUCCAACCACUUUGGCUAUGAAUAUCCCAUUCGCAGCUUUGAACUUCGUGAUUUACGAAUCCAGUACUAAGUUCUUCAACCCAACUAAUGCAUACAACCCUUGGAUCCAUUGCUUGUGUGGUGGUAUCGCCGGUGCCACUUGUGCAGCUGUUACCACGCCUUUAGAUUGCAUCAAGACAGUGUUACAGAUUAGAGGGAGCGAUACCGUCCAUGUGGAAUCGUUCAAAACCGCAAAUACUUUCAAGAAAGCUGCUCAAGCCAUAUGGCAAUCUUACGGUUGGAAAGGUUUCUGGAGAGGUUUACAACCAAGAGUUAUUUCUAAUAUCCCUGCAACUGCUAUCUCCUGGACCUCUUACGAAUUUGCUAAACAUUUAUUGUUCACAAAGCAAGAACCCUCAUUAUAA